AUGCUAGCACGAAACCUCACUGCUGCGUUUUCCGAACAGCUCCGCGCCGUCAUGAAUAACAAUAAUCCUGCUCCGCAACAAGUAUUGGAGGAUAUGGCGGAUCAAAUAAAAAAUCUGCGGGAACGAAUCGAGCCCCCUAACGAGACACCCAAAUCCCACGAAUCUCAGGAUGGGAACUCGGGGAUGUCACGUUCCAGCAAGAGAAACAAAAGGCGACGGGAGAGACCAAGGACUCACGCAAGCCUCAGCAGAAGUGAUCCUAGAGACAGAGAGUCUAAAACCGCCUCUCAAGAUGCCCGUACUUAUUUAGAAAGCAAGAAACAGAAGGCGUCCGAAAGUUUGCAAUCCCUGGUUGACAAAAGGAGGGAAGAAAGGAGAAAGUCUCAACUCACGGGAUCUAGCCAUUCCGCUAGCCCCGUAUUCAUGCCGCGGCAUGAAGUUAGCCUGGGUAGGCUUCCCGAAGACUCCAUGCCAAUUAGCUCCCCGCUGGCCUCGGAGGUGCUGAAUACUCCCAAUCCAGCAAAGAUAAAGAUUCCAAACAUGACAGCCUUUGACGGGACGUCUUGCCCGGAGGAGCACUUGAUGGCAUACAAAAACUUGAUGCUGCUAUACACCACUAACUCCGCAUUGUGGUGUAAAUUUUUCCCAACUACUCUUACUGGAGUAGCUCUUACGUGGUACACCUCCCUUCCAGGAGGAAGCAUCCACAACUUCGCGCAAUUGGAAGGCAAGUUCCUAGGUCAUUUUGUAGCAUCAAGAAGACAAGAAAAAUCAAACUUCCAUUUGCUCAGCAUCACACAAUUAGAAGGAGAAUCCAUAUCAUCAUACCUGAAGAAAUUUCAUGAGGCGGUGUUGGAAGUGACUGAUUUAGAGGAAUCAGCACAUGACCCGAAAAAACGAAAGUUAGAGAAAAGAGAUCCAGCAUCCUCCCAUCAAUCCUCACGAAAUAGGGAGGAAUGUGCGUCAAGAGACCGGAGUUACAGGCCGCGUCGUCAAGAACCCCCAUCAGACAUGGGACCCCCACGGUCCAGACAUGUGUAUGUCACGAAAGGGGAAUCCAGGACACGGAAUUUGCUAGAUGGAGAUAACGAUCCGAUGUUCAACCGAAACAGGAAGGAAAUAUUCUUCGCCAUCCGGGAUGAGUUACCAACUCCACCUCCUACUACCACCCCCUCCGAUCGACGCAACUACAAUUUGUGGUGUGAUUACCACAAAGAACACGGCCGCACUUUGGUCCAAUGUCGCGAACUCAAGUGUAUCCUACAUCAGCUAGCUGACGAGGGGGAGCUAUCAAGGUUCAUCAAUCGAAAAGACUAUGGCACGAGAGGCGACGCGGAAAGAAGGCCUUGGAACCAGAAAAGAAACGAGGCUAGGCACGAAAUUUCCAACACACAAGGAACCAUCAAUAUGAUUUUCAGCGGCUACACCGAGGAAUAUCCUACAAUCCGCGCCGCGAAAGACAGCGUCCAUACUAUGUUCGAAGGACCCCCAAAAACCACCUCAAGUGGGCCGAUCAUGAGAUUUGAUGCCACUACUUCCCAACCGUUGCAACAACCACACACUGAUCCUUUAGUGGUUACCAUCAAGAUUGGGUAA